AUGGUCAGACUUGGGGUGGCAGAAUUGCCCGUUGAGGGGGCAACCACGACAACACUUCUUUGCCGUGUCGUGACCAUCGGCGAUAACGACAUCAACCACCGCCUAGUGUUCACGACAAUCUCAGCUCAGAGAGUCACAAUGACUGAGCUCGUAUGUCUCAUCUGCGAGAUUGAACGCGUCGUGACCGCGCCUUACGCGCCCUCUUUACUGGACCUCUAUGAUCUAACUCAGCGGGUCGCUACCUCUACAAUAGACUCAUGGGCGCUUCAGAAAUCCUGUCAAGUCGGUCUUUUGGCCGACAUAUUCGUCGAAGGAUUAUCACGGUCGCGGGUGGCUCUCCCACUGUUAUCUGCGUUUGCUCAUACAACGGUCUUUCGCGAUGCCCUGCUAAAGCGUCAUCCGGAAAUAUUGGAUACAUUUCUCCAAAAGGCAGUUGAUGCCGGAGAAUCUGAAUACGACCCAGCGUGUAUUGCCCUACUAUCAUCGUCACUGCCAUCCGGUGUGGUAGCACCUGCUCGACUGGCCAGAUUCAUCACGAAGCUGGUCCAUGUAAUGGCAAGAAAGCCAUGCGCAAAGACAUUGGCGCCCCUACACAGCCUGAUGAAUACGCUUCAAUCGUCGCCGCGCAUCCUGGAUGAAGUCCCCUCCGAAGUAAUGUCUAACCUGCAAUUUGAAUUUACCAAGACUUUGCGCAACAUCGACGACCACAUGGGCAAUCUACUCUGCUUAGCCACAUUUGCACGAAUUGCAUCGAACCAAAAAAGUCAUCGCCAUAUUCAACACGGACUAGAGCCCCCAUCUUGGCUUCUUAACAUACAGCAUUUCUUUGGCGCCAAGCGAGGCUUAAAGACCUUAGAUCUGGUCGUGUUGCGUGUGAUACUUGCCUGUUCCUCCAAUUGCAACCUACCCCCAUCCCAGGCCGCCGAGAGCAUUCGUCUCGCAAUCUGUGUGUCAGAUGCCGUUGAGCUUAAGCAGAAAGAUGCGUGGGUAUUGAACAAUUCAUCCAAGAUCGCCAAGUUGUGCGAAAAGGUGGCCAAGGAUGGUCUUGACCGGGAUACCCAGGUGAUGGGAGUUACGUUUUUGCUUUCUCUCCUUCCAGUGGCUGCACUGCCUUCUAACAUCCGAGACCUCGGUCUCCGUUUGCUUGUUUCGAGUGAUAGCCGUGGAGCACUUGGAAGUCUGCCACCCUAUUUAGUGUCACGACUAACAGAAUCAUUGGCAAAUUGCGAUGAAUCAAUCAUUUACGAGCUCCUUCGCUUCACUAUGGAUGCCUUGAAGGACGACAGCCCACAUCGAGGCUCCCUGUCGAGCUUGCAUACGGCCGCAUUGCUUCUUUCAGGAUUCCAGUCAACCGAAUCCAGACCAAUCGUAUCUUCGCUUCUUAACUCAGUAUCCACGAAAGAAGCCAUUGCCAACCUUUUCGGAAUAUUCCCUGUCACUCCGAGCCAAGACGAGUGCCGCGGCUCCGAAGUAUGUUAUUGCGCUUACGCGGCUCUGAAAAACAAGAUUCUUCUCAGUCUAUUUCAAAUCUACUUUGCUGCUGCAUUGACGACCAAUGGAAAUGCCACAGAUAUCAUGCUGAUGAAAUGUUUUGUCGAGCGCUCGGCAAGGUCAUUUGCCGACAAGACCUGCUCAUUCUCAACAGCAGACUCGAGAGAAUCCCGAAGCACAAUUUACUUGCGCGACACGCAAAAUUUCUCCUCCGCCGGUCCUCCAACUCGGGAUUGGCGGUCUGGCUUCACGGAAAUCUUCAUGCACAACGCCCAGAUUUCUCACGAUAACAUGAUGAAGAAAAUCGGAGACAUCUGUUUUGAUCUAGAACGUCGCUGUCACGACGUCGAAGGACCCCUGCGCUUAGUGGAGCAAGAACGAGAUCAUCAAAUUGCCGAGAAUGAAGAAUUGAAACAACAAAGCGAAGAUCUGCAGAAGCAACUAGAUCAAUCUUCCCAUGCCAUUGCUUGCUUACAAGACGAUCUUUCACGCAUGGGAGAGAAUGCAGAAAAUGCCUCUUGUCGAGUACAAGAGCUGACUGCGUCGAUAGAGGCUCUGAAUCAGGAACUUGAAGACCAGCGCCGCAAUUUCGACAAUACACUUCAAACGGAACGAGAAACUGCUCGUUCUAAAGAGCUUAAUUUGAUAGCCAUCAGCACGGAGAGAGAUGACCAGUUCGAAGAGCUUCAAGCGGAGACUCGUCGACUUCAAUCUGAGAAUGAGGAGAUGCGACGGACACUACAGAUUGCUUUGAAGGAGAAAACCACGUCAUCUGAAACGUCUGCAUCGUUGCAAAAGGAGCUUCAAGAGCUCAAAUCUCACUUAUCGGAAAACAAGAUUCUUUGUGACCUGAAACAGGAUGAAGUAAGGCAUCUCUUGACAGAGAACGAACAUUUGCGAUUGGAAGUUGGGACUAUGAAAGCAACGGUGGAAAAGCAGAAUAUCGAAGCUGAAAGAUUGUGCUCAGCAUUACGAGAGACUGAGAAGAAGCUCCAAUUGGAGACGGAACUUUUGACGCACAAACGUGAAAUUGACGUUUCUCGGGCGGAAUCAGAGAUUGCCAAGCUCAAGGAGGAGAAUACUCGUAUACAGGCCAAAAUGCUUGCUGCCGCGCAAGAUGCAUCUAAAAAUCUCCAAUUGAAGGAUACGCACAUACACCAGUUGGAGAGAAAGGUUCAAUCACUGCGAAAUGAGCGUGCCACCAAGGCUCGGGAAUUCUCCGAAGCACAGCAACAUAUUGGUCGUCUCAUGGGUGUCAUGGGGUUCACUGCACCAACGACUGAGCCUCCAACCGCGAAUAAAUCUCAAAGCACCAGGAGUACCGAUACAGCUCAGGCCACCUCUAGACGCCAGUCAGAAGUCUAUGACGACGAGGCUACACAACUCGCAGAGUCAUUUGACUCACUUGCCUCCAACUUACAAGGACCCAGCCCCAAGCGACCAAAAGGUAACCGAAGAUCAAUAAUUCUAUCAUCAGCACCACUCAAGACUCCAGCAGAAGCCCUUAGGUCUAAUCCACCUCCCACACAUCAAUCGCCAAGCCGUCAUCCUCUCGCAGAAAUGGACUCCAAUACCCCGGCCAAGUCACAACAGGAGUCUGCCAAGCACACGCAGUCCAAUGGAAACCACUUACAGGACUUUGAUCUGGAAAUGGACUUGGAAUUCUCCCAGGACUUCAUCUUUACCAGUACAACUUUUGCUGGUUCGAACGACCGGCCACCCCUGCAAUGA